CGGCUGUGCCUUUUGGCUGUGUUGCAUUAGUUCGUGAAUCCCCGCCAUCGUUUCUGACCAAGGCACUACGAUUACCUCUUGGCUCAGACACCGGAAGAUGGAGGCUUAGAGAACUACUUGGUUGCCCUCACACAGUUUGAGGGAGUCUAACCUCUGUCUUUGAGUACAGGCAGUGUGAGUAAUGUGGGGCAGAUUUAGAUUUGAUUAUAUUUUGGGAAGUUUUCAAUGGAGGCUUGAUGAGAGGCCUCACUGAAACGUAAAGAAGCUAGAAAGUUUGUUGAAGUAAACCAAACAUAUUUAAGGUUAAUAUGGUCUAAGUUCUGAUGUCAAGGACCACUCUAGAUCUUUGUAAAUGGGCAAAAUUUCACUGUGUGGUAAAUUUAGCUGAUCUGCCCAACAUUAGGUGAAAGCUAUAUGAAACCAGUAUUGUAAUAAUGGGGCCUUUUUCUAUGUGACUAUGUGAUGUUCAGUAAGGAAGAUUGAAUGACUUAAAGCUUAUAAACAUGGUCAUGAUUUGUUUCUAGCAUAUACCACCAGGUGAUUUUAUCAUUUGAAAUCUUUUCUCUAGUCAUGAAGAUAUUUUAGGCAGAACCAUAGCCUCCUCAAGUAUUUUCUCAUGUGAAUUAAUGUAGAGGACAGCUUUGGUGUUCUCAAUGAGCCACCUUUGCUUAUUAGGCUGUGGAAAAGAAGGAGAGAGGGAAAGCCUGGUUUGAGUUAUGUCCCUGGUUAUUUUUGGCAUCAAGAAUCUGAGCUUCUCUAUUUGGAGAAGCAUUGUCCAUAGGGAAUAAGAGGAUGAAAAAGGUUGAGUGUAAAAUUCAAAAGAGAUCAACCUGACAGAUUCCAGUGCUGAAGGGGGUUGAGCGGGUGGAGAGAUAUGAGACCUACAGGUCUAGAAUCGGCCAUUAUCAUUCUGUGUCAUCAGAUCCAGAGUAGAUACUGCAGAGGUGUCCUUGAACAUGCUUGGUUUAUCAUGGCUCAUUUUUAGAGAUGCUCUGAAUAGGGGGGACGGGGGAAGCAGGAAACUCGAAUGCAGAUUUCUAAUGGAACACCACCCUGGAGUCCAGAGCUUAUCAAGUAGGUUAUUUUGUUUAUGGGCCAUUUACAAUAUCUUUUACCCAAAGUAUAAAAUGAAAGGGAUACAUGUUGGUUAAAAAUGGGAUUCCAGUUUUCCUAGCUACUCUUUUACUGUCUGUCCCCUGUGAUUGCUGCCUUAUUCUUCUUUCCAGAUUGAAUUGCAUUUCCAUGAUCUCUACAAAUGCUUUCACAGUUUAGGUGUAAUUAAGAAAGGGAGUAAAGUCAAAGCAUAAGCCCAAGAGGAGAUAGAGGGAGCCUGUUAAUCCCCAGAAAAGAUACUUUUGGGUGAAAUCUUGAUGGAGGCUGUGGAGUGGUGCUGUUUUGAAAAUUAGCAAGGAGAAAGGACUUCUUUCAAAGUUUUCUUUAUCCAUGGACACAGCUAGAAGUGGUAAAUUUUCAUUAACGUUAAAUAUCUAGCUCUGCAGGAAAUAUUUAAGAUAAGUUGAGCAUUAAAGCUUUGCCGAGGAUAGAAGUAAAUGGCCUUUGGUUUCUUAAUGACCAUGAAUUUUGCUAAUAUAUAAAGCCAAGGGUAAUGCCGUAGUUUUCAUAUAACUCAGGGAGCAGCUUAUCUAAUUCUUAAGGUAAAAUCAAGGUUGAGUUCUUAAUUAGUGUGAGUGUUAUUAAAAAAGUCCAGAUUUGAAAGCAUUGGGGGAGGUAAAGGAUAAUAAGCUUUUUUCUUUUGGCACGUCGUGAACAUUUUUGAAUCUUACAGUCUUACUACUGAUAUGCUUCAUAAGUUACCUACUGCCUGUGCACUUGAUCCCAGUACUCACGAGGAAAAGUGCCAUAUAAUGGACCAAAUGAGAUGUUUAUGAAAACAUACAGAAAAGAAUAAAAGGACUGAAAGAGUGAUUACUGUUCUAAAGUGGACAUUGGAGGAGGAUGCAUUAGGCCCCCAGAAUGGAAGUGAGCAAAGGAAAUCGGCUGACGUAGGAGCCGGAGUGAGACCCAGGAACCUGCAAACCCAGCCUACACCAUGACCUUGUGUCUCCCUUCUCUGCUUUAAGAGCCGAGGGCGGGUGAAGUUGCCGGAGAGCAAUGGCUCUCUUCACUCCGUGGAAGUUGUCCUCUCAGAAGCUGGGCUUUUUCCUCGUGACUUUUGGCUUUAUUUGGGGUAUGAUGCUCCUGCAUUUUACCAUUCAGCAGCGAACUCAGCCUGAAAGCAGCUCCAUGCUGCGCGAGCAGAUCCUGGACCUCAGCAAGAGGUACAUCAAGGCGCUGGCAGAAGAAAACAGGAAUGUGGUGGAUGGGCCCUACGCUGGUGUCAUGACAGCUUAUGAUCUGAAGAAAACUCUUGCUGUGUUGUUGGAUAAUAUUUUACAGCGCAUUGGCAAGUUAGAGUCGAAGGUGGACAAUCUUGUCAUCAAUGGCACAGGAACAAACUCGACCAACUCCACCACGGCUGUUCCCAGCCUGGUAGCACUUGAGAAAAUUAAUGUGGCAGAUAUCAUUAAUGGAGCUCAAGAAAAAUGUGUAUUGCCUCCUAUGGAUGGCUACCCCCACUGCGAGGGGAAAAUCAAGUGGAUGAAAGAUAUGUGGCGCUCAGAUCCCUGCUACGCAGACUAUGGAGUGGAUGGGUCCACCUGCUCUUUUUUUAUUUACCUCAGUGAGGUUGAAAAUUGGUGUCCUCAUUUACCUUGGAGAGCAAAAAAUCCCUACGAAGAAGCUGAUCAUAAUUCACUGGCGGAAAUUCGUACAGAUUUUAAUAUUCUCUACAGUAUGAUGAAAAAGCACGAAGAAUUCCGGUGGAUGAGACUGCGGAUCCGGCGAAUGGCUGAUGCCUGGAUCCAAGCAAUCAAGUCCCUGGCAGAAAAGCAGAGUCUUGAAAAGAGAAAGCGGAAGAAAGUCCUUGUUCACCUGGGACUCCUGACGAAGGAAUCUGGAUUUAAGAUUGCAGAGACGGCUUUCAGUGGUGGCCCUCUUGGUGAAUUAGUUCAGUGGAGUGAUUUAAUUACAUCUCUGUACUUACUGGGCCAUGACAUUAGGAUUUCAGCUUCACUGGCUGAGCUCAAGGAAAUAAUGAAGAAGGUUGUAGGAAACCGAUCUGGCUGCCCAACUGUAGGAGACAGGAUUGUGGAGCUCAUCUAUAUUGAUAUUGUGGGACUCGCUCAAUUCAAGAAAACUCUGGGACCAUCCUGGGUUCAUUACCAAUGCAUGCUCCGAGUCCUGGACUCAUUCGGCACUGAGCCCGAGUUUAACCAUGCUAGCUAUGCCCAAUCCAAAGGCCACAAGACCCCCUGGGGAAAAUGGAAUCUGAACCCACAGCAGUUUUAUACCAUGUUCCCUCACACCCCAGACAACAGCUUUCUGGGCUUUGUGGUGGAGCAGCACCUGAACUCCAGCGACAUCCACCACAUUAACGAAAUCAAAAGGCAGAACCAGUCCCUUGUAUAUGGCAAAGUGGAUAGCUUCUGGAAGAAUAAGAAGACCUACUUGGACAUUAUUCACACGUACAUGGAAGUACAUGCAACCGUUUAUGGCUCCAGCACCAAGAAUAUCCCGAGUUACGUGAAAAACCAUGGUAUCCUCAGUGGACGGGACCUGCAGUUUCUUCUCCGAGAAACCAAGUUGUUUGCUGGACUUGGGUUCCCUUAUGAGGGCCCGGCUCCCCUGGAGGCCAUCGCAAAUGGAUGUGCUUUUCUGAAUCCCAAGUUCAACCCACCCAAAAGCAGCAAAAACACAGACUUCUUCAUUGGCAAGCCAACUCUGAGAGAGCUGACGUCCCAGCAUCCAUACGCUGAAGUCUUCAUCGGCCGGCCACAUGUCUGGACUGUCAACCUCAGCAAUCAGGAGGAAGUAGAGGCUGCAGUGAAAGCAAUUUUAAGUCAGAAGAUUGAGCCGUACAUGCCAUAUGAAUUCACAUGCGAGGGGAUGUUGCAGAGAAUCAACGCUUUCAUUGAAAAACAGGACUUCUGCCACGGGCAGGUGAUGUGGCCGCCCCUCAGUGCCCUGCAGGUGAAGCUCGCUGAGCCGGGACAGUCCUGCAAGCAGGUGUGCCAGGAGAACCAGCUCAUCUGUGAGCCUUCUUUCUUCCAGCACCUCAACAAGGACAACGACAUGCUGAAGUACGAGGUGGUCUGCCAAAGCUCAGAGCUGGCCAAGGACAUCCUAGUGCCCUCCUUCGACCCCAGGAACAAGCACUGUGUGUUUCAAGGUGACCUCCUGCUCUUCAGCUGUGCCGGCGCCCACCCCAGGCACCAGAGAAUCUGCCCCUGCCGGGACUUCAUCAAGGGCCAGGUGGCCCUCUGUAAAGACUGUCUAUAGCAGCUACCAGCACUGCCCGCACACCUUCUGCUGGGGAAGAUGGUGGCUCCAGCCCCCUUGAGGAGGGCCGAGGGCAGACGUCAUUCAGGAACUCUCGCCAGAGCCCGAACUUCUUCAUGGAGGGUCUCGAUUUGAUAUUGCUCCUGCUGUGAGCGGAGCAUCACAGUGGAGUUCUCACCAAAACAAGAACCAAAAUGGCUCAUGAGACCAGACGUCAGGCCCAGGCCGGGAGCCUGGCUUCUCCCUGGCACAACUUUGUUUUUCUUUUUUGAGGAGCAACUGUGGGGAGACUCUGUCGAUGCAGCUGCUCCAGGGUAGAAAGAGAGUCUGAAGAUUCAUUUAAAACAAAACAAAACCAGAGGAGGAAUUGAGCUGGUUGGAAAGAACUUUGUAUGGGAACAUUCCUAAACCCAUUAACUUAUUUAUU